ACUGUUUAUUUCUGUGACUCUGAACAGGUACAAGGGUACUGGAUACUUUUAUAUUUAAUAAACAAACUAAAUACAUGUCUCAAAUGCAUGUAGAUGGACAUGACAGCCUUGUGGAUUUACAAUUCCUUGCUGUAACUGAGUGACAGACAGGAUUUUCAAGUUGUUUGAAAGUGAAAGCAAGUUGUGUAAACGGCUAGUCAGUAAGUAUUCACUAUACAGUCUAAUAUGGCAUCAAAAUCUUUUUCUGAAGAGGACUUCACCUGUCCUGUGUGCUGUGACGUCUUCAAGGACCCUGUACUGCUGUUAUGUAGUCACAGCUUCUGUAAAGUCUGUCUGCAGCAGUUCUGGGAAACUAAAGGAUCCAGAGAAUGUCCAGUCUGCAGGAGGAAGUCUUCAAUGGAAAAUCCUCCUCUUAAUCUCCACUUAAGAAACCUGUGUGAGACGUUCCUACAGGAGAGAAGUCCGAGAGUUUCAGCAGGGUCUAAGGUGCUCUGCAGUCUGCACAGUGAGAAACUCAAGCUCUUCUGUCUGGAGGAUAAACAGCCUGUGUGUAUGGUGUGUAGAGAUUCCAAAAAACACACUGGCCACAAAUUUCACCCUGUUGAUGAAGCAGCCCUUGACCGUAAGGAGGAGCUCAAGAUCAAACUGCAGCCCUUACAGAAGAAACUGAAGACCUUUAAGAAGACUAAAGUCACCUGUAGCCAAACAGCAAAACACAUCCAGGCUCAGGCCCUAAAAACAGAGAUGCAGAUCAAGGGGGAGUUUGAGAAGCUUCAUCAGUUUCUACGAGAUGAAGAGGCCGCCAGGAUAGCUGCACUGAGGGAGGAAGAGGAGCAGAAGAGUCAGAUGAUGAAGGAGAAGAUUGAGAAGAUGAGCAGAAAGAUCUCAUCUCUUUCAGACACAAUCAGAGCCAUAGAAGAGCAGAUGGGAGCUGAUGACAUCAUAUUCCUGCAGAACUACAAGAGCACAGUGGAAAGAGCCCAGUGCACACUGCAGGAUCCAGAGAGGGUUUCAGGAGCUCUGAUCAAUGUGGCAAAGCACCUGGGCAACCUGAAGUUCAGAGUCUGGGAGAAGAUGCAGGAGGCUGUUCAGUACACUCCUGUGACUCUGGAUCCCAACACUGCACACCGACAACUUAUCCUGUCUAAGGAUCUGACCAGUAUGAGACUUGGUGAUGAGAGACAGCAGCUUCCUGAUAACCCAGAGAGAUUUGAUAAGUAUGCCAUUGUGCUGGGCUCUGAGGGCUUUAACUCAGGGACUCACUGCUGGGAUGUGGAGGUUGGAGAGAACACAAGCUGGAAUGUGGGUGUAAUAACAGAGUCUCUCCAGAGGAAGGGGGACUUUAGCUCCAUGAGUGGACGGUGGGAUGUGUAUUGUAAUGGUGCUGCAUAUAAAGCAUGUGCUUCUCCUCAUGCCCCCACUCUCCUCACAGUGCAGCAGAAACCCCAGAGGAUCAGAGUGCAGCUGGACUGGGACAGAGGAAAGCUGUCAUUAUUUAACCCUGAUAAUAACACACACCUACACACUUUCACACAGGCUUUCACUGAGAGAGUGUUUCCAUAUGUUUGUGGUGGGAGGGUGUCUCCUCUGACCAUCUCACCAGUGAAGGUCUCAGUUAGAGUAGAGCAGCCCAGUUAGAGCUGAUGGUGUCUCUGUGUGGACCAGAACUGAUCAGCAUGAGGAGAUUAAUCAGUUAGAAAUCACCAUCUUGAGACAUUCAGGGCCAGAUGUACUAACGUUUUGCGCCCAUUUCAGGCGUAACGUGCGUGUAUAAACAUGGGCAGACAUGGGCAGUAUUUCAAUUAUAUGUAUUUUAAAUACGUAUUUAAUUACUUUAGUGUAUUUUGUAAUUUGUAUUUUGCAGGAUUGGAAAAAAUCAAAUGUACUUUGUAACAAAAUACUUUGAGGGGUUGUAUUUAGAGUAUUUAAAAUACUUAAAUACUUAACAAAAAUCUCAUAAUUUCCCCCCUCAAAUUAGCCAAAAAUUCAUCACACAGUUAAAUAUAGCCUCUUACCUAGUAUAACCAUGACAAUAUGCUAUGCUUGUCAUAGUCUGGGAGCCAAAGGUCAGAAUCUUUAGGACAUGAACCCCAUGACAUGAGGAUUUAUGUAAGGCAAAAACCUCCCCAAUGCGAAACAGUCUCGAGUUUUCACCUCCCAGUUAAUUAAUUCUGUAUAUUGAGACACCUUACAGGAUGUUACUUUAUUUGUCCCCCGUGUUGCCAGUCAUGUAUGAAGGCAAAAGGCAUGCAUUUAUAGCACAAAAAGGGAAAUGAAUUUCAAUUUAAAAAGGCUAACCUGUUCAAUCUGUUGUACUACUUUCAUUGAAUACGGAAAAUGAUGGUGGGUAGUUUGCUUCGUCAGAGUUGAUUCCACUGUUGCAAAGCCUGCUUGUUGUCAGUUCAAUCAACGUUUAUAUUGAUAUAGGAUGCUGAUUACAUUUUUUUACUAGAUCUACUUCAUAGGUAGCCUGGCUCCGCCUUCCUACGUACUUCCGUUCAGUUUUCAUUUCACUCCACUACGUAGUCUGGGUCUGCGGUAUAUUCACAGGUUUUCUCAAGACAGAAAUGUGCAGGUCCAAUCAGCGAACAGAGGGAGAAGCUGAGAACGAUGACGUUGAGGUCGCUAGUUUGAGCAUGUCACCUCACGACCAAACGUUUAUCGAUUGGUUAUGGCAGAUCUGAGAGGCUCUGGGCAGAGCAUCCGCAUUCAAGGAAAUUCAUGUUGGCAAUGGAAAGUGUCCAGACUCUCUGUACAUUAUGAAUGUACGAGAGUAUGGUAGGACCAGGCUACUUCAGCCCAAAGUUAAGAAUUUAGGCCUCUGUCCGCCAAUAAAAAAAAUUGUAUUUCUUGUAGUUUAUUUUAAAAGUUGGUAUACCAUUAUUGUGGGGGUAUUUUUGUAUUUUCUAAUUACUAAUUACUUGUAUUUUAAUUAAAUAAAU